AUCUCUGUGGAAGACAAUUGGAGAGCAAUGCAUUUGAUACAUAAUGCUACAAUAUGUACACUGCUGAUUGACAGCACUAUGUUCAGUAGUUUCUGAAUUGGACGUACCCCACCUACGAACCUAGCUCCUGCAACCGAAUCAAACGCGUCUUACUACCAUAAUAGUUGCGCCUCAACAAGUGCAUGAAAUAAUGAUGAGUGCUGGCUGAGGACUGGAGCGAGCUGGGGCGCGGAAGCGCUGCUGCGUUUUCUUACACUACGCUCCUCUGAUUCAUAGUUUCUAAAUCACUUGAUACGCAAGCAGCAUCCACUCGACUGGGAAGUUACCGUGUGCAAGGGCUGUGAGGUGCUCGACGCCUUCGAGGCCCACACGUAGCUCAGCGCACUGGCAGGGUGCUGCGCCAUUUGCUUCUAGUGCGCAUAGUGAUGCUGUCGGCAUUGUACAGUGCUGGUCCUGGCGUCAGCCUAUUCGACCUCCGUCUGCCAUGUCAUCGUCACGCACCGACCGAAUUAAGCUCGAUACGGGAGCGACGACAAUCCUUAAGGCGCCUAUACCUCGGGCGAAGUCAUCAGCAUCAAUAGCAGCGUUUGGGCUUGUUACAGCGGAGCAAAGCGGGCGUUGGGAUCGAGUCAACUACGACUCCAAUGCUGAAGCCACCCCGGCCAUCGGCCCCACCGGUCCACCCUACCCUUACGUGCCUGUUAGCCUAAACAGCUCAGCAGGCCAGCUGCACCCUACGGGGUUGGGCCCAGCCCACGAGCGCAGCGGUCCGGGAUGGAGUAGCGCCCCCUCAUUCACACAUCUCCCCGUCGGCGCCCCCUCCCGUUUCACAGUACACGCUGCAGCAGGCAGGACUGCCCCUGGGGGGACCAGCGGCGGCGGCGGGCUCAGCCGCGCCGGCUCUGGCGGCGGCGGCGCUGGCGGGCUUAGUAAUGUACAUUUCGUACGGAAAACGGGCAGCAUUGCGGCGGAGGCGUCCGGUCACGGCCCGCAUGCCGGCUUCACGGGGGGUGGCGCCUCGGGCAUGGGGAGUGAAGGGGGGAGGCUACCGGCGAUUGGCUCACGUGGUAUGGCGUUGAGCCACAACAACCAUGCAUCCUCUCCCGCCACGCCGCUGAUCCCGUCCUAUGGCAGCAGCGGCGGCGGAGGCGGCUUCACUGGCAACAGCGGUGGCGGCGGCGGCGGCGGUGGCGGCACUGUACCGUUGCCGUCGAUCAGCUUUGGCGGAGCAGCUGCGGCUGCCGCCGCCGCCGCUGCCUCGAGCGAUGCCCCGAUCGUCGUAAGCUACGCCUCCGCCCGUCAGAUGUUGCCGCCCAACAAGGGAGGCCUUCGCGGCGCCAACAACCGCAGCCGUCGUACACUCGGCAGCGUCAGCGCCGGCGGUGACCUGUCGGCGGAGCCCAGCGGCACCAGCUUGGCGGCGGAAAGCAGCGGCUUCCUCCGAGGCAUCCGGCGGUUCUUUGGUCUGGACAGUUCCGCCGCGGCGGCGGCGGCGGCCGCCCAUGCAGCCCAUGCAGCAGCCGCUGCCGCCAGCGAGGCCGCCGCGGCGGCGGCGGAGGAGCCGCUGGUGCUUCCGUCGCCCGGCAGCGUCGCGCUGCUGACAACGAAGCACUUGCACGAGCUGGAGCGAGUCAAUAGGGUUCGGUCUUCGCUGCUGGCGGAUGCAAACAUGCGUGCGGCGGCGACGGCGGCCGCCAAUUCUGUGUUUGUCCUCGGCGCGGGGAACGUCCCGGCCGUUCACGGUGGUGGCGGCGGCGGCGGAAACAGUGGUUUUGGAGCAGGGCCUGGGGCUGCUGACGCCUCCACCGCGAGGUCGAGCGCCACCAGCGGCCUCAGAUCCAAGGGCAGCCUAGGCGACGCCAAGGCCAGCACUGGCGGCGCUUCCAAGGGCGGGGCUGCUGGCAGCGGCAGCCCGUCGGCAGGCGGCGGCGGCAGCGCAGAUGCUGAUGCCGCUGAAGACGGCAUAGGGUUCGACCCGCUUGGGGAUGACGAUGAGGUUGGUGCGGCAGAAGAUGGGGCUGGCGGCGGCGGCGGCGACGGCGGCGGCGCAGGGCCCCGCAAGGGCGGGGAGGCUCCGCCCGUGGCUGCGGCUCCUCCCCAGGCAGCCUCACCUACUCCGGCGACUGUGGUUGCGGCGCACAACGCACCCAUGGUUCUUGAGCAGAUAGGGAUGGAGCGCAGGGACAGAGGCCGCAGCUUCACGCAGCAAGCGCUCAUGGACCCAAACAACCCCAUGUUCAAGACGGCGCGGAAGCUGGUGCAGGUGCAGGAGCAGCUCUCUUAUCUGGAGGACAAAGCCUGGCGUGAAAAGAUGGUGGAGAAAGUGCCUCUGGAGCGACCCAUCCUCAUGGCGGAAGGUUGGAAGUUGUAGCGGCGCGACUUGACACGUCGACACACGGGCGGUAGCCCGCCAAGAAGGGGGAUGGGUUGCUAGCCAGCAUGCGGGGAACGCGGAGUGCAUUUGAGGUGACCCGUGGGCCGCGCCUGCCGUCAAGAGUACCGUCUUCUUCUGCACUAUCCUUGCUAGUCUGCCGUAGCUCGCGCCGGCCCCAUCACCAGCAUCAUCACCAGUUGCCCCUGGACGGUUUCAUAAGCGGGUUCCGAUGCCUAUGCACCGGAAGCAGCAACAUGACAACGACGGCAUAUACCUUAAGGAAGGGGUGAAUUGGCGGAACUGGUUGCUUUGAUAGCGCCCAUGUUCCCCCGUCUCCUCGCUUGCAUUUUCUCAUUCUUUCUCCUGGCCAUGCGGGGCAGCGCUUAACGGCCUGUGCGACCGUUUACCUCCCGCGUACUGCUGCCUAGCACGAGCGGCUGCGCUGCCGUUUUGGAAGGGUAAUGCAGCAUCGGCGUCCUGCGACCUUCCUGUCCAUGGGUUUCCAGAAAACCCUAGAGGAGGCUUGCGCCUGCGCAGCACAUUGACAUUGGACCCUGCCAUUGACAUAGACCCUAAAAGGGGGAUGACGGCAAGAAGGAAAAGAAACACUGACCUACGGACACGACCCACAUAAACACACUCAACCUUUACUCUACGCAGCUGCGGUGGUUUGACGUGCUGCCGAGUGUGGAGAGGUGGCCGCUACCCGCGCUGCUGUUGUUGCCUUGAAAGAGGUGCACCGCCGCCGUCUCGGCGUUGAUGGGGUUUGAAACAUGGCGUGGCGUGGUAUUGUCGUGGCUGCGAUGUCAUCGCAUGGUCUCUGGAUGCACCUCCGUGUAAGUGGUGGUGGCAGUGGCCGCUGAAUUGUUUACAUGGUUGGGGUGUUCUUCGGUUGGCCAGGUCUGGAUGCGGUCGGGCUGUCCGGGUGUUACUGUUGGCUCUCGUCAAAGUCUGUGCAUGCGUUUGUGUUUGCGCUCUGUGUGUGGGGUCUCGACCAACUCCCUCCCAUCACUUAGCAUGUGGCGGUAUGGGUCAUUCGGGGCAUGUGACUUCCCUUUUGGGUGUCGAGCGGAAAAGGGCGAUGCUAGCCCUUUUGGGUGGGUUCUAGCAACGUAGCAAGGAUGCCGUGCCGUACAUGUAUGUGACGACCUGUCUGCCGCAAUGACCUGCGAUGUGUUGCGCGGUGACACUGAGGGGCGUCAGCUGUUUCCCGUGCCAUGUCGCACCGGGCCUGUCGGGUGGCUUCGGCUACUACCGGUAUUCCUUUGAUUCCGUUCGUACGGUUGUUGUUGUUGAUUCUUCCAAAAAGCUGCGUCCACCAUUCUUGACGAUGAUGUGGUAAUUGGGGAAGGUUCUUUAGCCGUAUAAGUAUCUUGGCCGAUAGUUGCUUUGUUAUGGCUGAUGAGGACGGGGAUGGGUAAAUUUGCAAGGGAACAGGACUUUGUAGCAGGUGUUUUGUGUUAAAACCAAGCGCGUGUUGACCGUGUCUGCCGUAACCGAGCUUGUAUGUCCUUUGACGAUGCGAUUGCUGCCGCAUUUAUAGGUUGCUCGCGGAUAAUAUGAGGUGGGCGGGUUGUUGGUACGGACGUGGUUGUGCCUGCUCCGUGGAUGUACCAUAUUCAAUAUAACGACACGGCGCUUGCAUCACAAUUGCGCCAGUCAAUGCUGAUUUGUGACACGACAUUGUUAAGGCCUGCUAUUCCUUAGGUAGUACCGUAUUGUGUUGCACUGUCAUAUGCCAUGGCCUUGCUAGGAACUUGCAACUGAUAUCCCACUGCUGAAACGUUGGAUCUGCUGGUUGGGCGUGGCAGGGGCUCAAGGGUAUCCUGGAAACAGAUGGGAAUUUCGGGUAAAAGGAGGGCGAGGGAGUUCUGUUAUCGUCGGUUACCGGUAUUGAUAGGGUCUUCUCGGCAUACAUGAGGGGAGGGUGGCGUUGAAAAUGGCAAAGGAUGGACUCUUGGGAUGGUGUACGGCAAAUAAGCCGGGUUGCUCAGAUUGCUGUGCGGCGGAUGCAGUACUUGCAGGAGGAGCUGACACUUGCGGCGCUGGAAAGGGGGCGUCAUAUACCAGUUGGGUGUGCGUUGUUAAUUCGAAGCCGCCUGGGACCGCUGUGUUGCUUUCCGAGGCGGUGUUGUGCAGUCGCCUAUGUUUGGCGCCUUUGUCUCUGUGCCGUUUCAGGUCGCUUACAGCUGCAGGGAUUGCAGUUGCUGGCUUGGAACGUCCGUGUAAAGGGGUUGGGGUCCAAUGCGAUGGUUCAUCCGCGUUAUGACGGAAUCCUAUGGACAAGCCCCAUGGCGUUUGCGUUACUCAACAAUGCCCCGAGGUUUGGGGUACCGGCAUUUGAUGUAAAGGGCUGUUCCGAC